GAAGAAGAAGAGAGGAAAGCGAAAGAAAGAAGAGAGGCUGGCUGGCUGGCUGAGGCCAAAAAAGUAAAGUCGAAAAAAAAGUGACAAGAUGGUGUUGUUGAAGCUGAAACGAGUUAAAUUUGGAUUUAUUUUGCUGCUCGCGGUCGGUUUCACGCAAGGCGACAUGCACGGCAAGCUGCUGGACGAAACCGAGGAAACGCUGGACCUGGAGGCGUACCAUCCGAAUCGUGAUCUUCCAAUACAGAACUCGAUCGUAUCCCAUCAAAGAAGACACUCCAAAUCGAAGCGACGCAUGAAACGAAGAUACAAAUGCUACAGCUGCGAGCCGCCCGACUGCGCCGACAUCCACGCCCACCUCUGCCAGAACGCGAUCCAGUGCUGGAAGUCGCGCAUCCGCGACCAGUUUGGCCACGAGAGCGUCUCGCGGGGCUGCACGACGACGCACGAGCAGCUGCCGCUGUACUGCAACCAGAACCUGAUGAACAGCAGCGGGCCGAAGAAGCGCCACGCCACCGGCACGUACAACAUCGAGUGCUGCACGGGCGAUUACUGCAACAAUGGGAGCUUCCCGGAGCUGCCCCCGAUCGAGUAUCCGGACGACGUUACGAAGCUGGAAUCGUCCACGUACAUUCUGAAGUGGGUCGGAGCGAUCUUCGGGCCGAUCGUGGUGUUUGGGAUUGCGGGGGCAGUUUUGUUCCUGUGUUUGCGCCGGACGCACCACAAGCGGUUGACGGCGACCCGGAGCAAGCACGAUCCGGAGACGUACUACGCGAGCGACGAGAUUCUGCGGGCGACCAGCGCAGGGGAUAGUACGCUGAGGGAAUACCUCCAACACUCGGUCACGUCGGGCUCGGGUUCCGGCCUGCCGCUGCUCAUCCAGCGCACGAUGGCCCGCCAGGUGUCGCUGUGCGAGUGCAUCGGCCGGGGCCGUUACGGCGAGGUGUGGCGCGGCAUCUGGCACGGCGAAAGCGUCGCCGUCAAGAUCUUCUUCUCGCGCGACGAGGACUCGUGGAAGCGGGAAACGGAGAUUUACAGCACGAUCCUGCUCCGCCACGAGAACAUCCUCGGCUACAUCGGGUCGGACAUGACCUCGCGGAACUCGUGCACCCAGCUGUGGCUCAUCACGCACUACUACCCGCUGGGCUCGCUGUACGACCAUCUGAACCGAGCCGCGCUGACCCACCACCAGAUGGCCAUCAUCUGUCUGUCGAUCGCGAACGGGCUCGUCCAUCUGCACACCGAGAUCUUUGGGACAGAGGGCAAACCAGCGAUCGCUCACCGGGACCUGAAAACGAAGAAUAUCUUGGUACGUAUCAACGGCACCUGCGUCAUCGCCGACUUUGGCCUCGCGGUCACCCACAGCCAGACGACGAACCGCAUCGAGAUGAGCAACACGGCCCGGGUCGGCACGAAGCGGUACAUGGCGCCGGAAGUGCUGGACGAGAGCAUCAACCUGGAGUGCUUCGAGUCGCUGCGGAAGGCGGACAUUUACGCGAUCGGGCUGAUGCUGUGGGAGAUUUGCCGCCGCACGCUGUCGAACGGGAUCGCGGAGGACUACAAGGUGCCGUACUACGACUGCGUCACGUCCGACCCGAGCUUCGAGGAGAUGCGCAAGGUGGUGUGCGGGGACAACUACCGGCCGUCGAUACCGAACCGCUGGGUGUCGGAUCCGUUCCUGUCCGGCAUGUCGAAGCUGAUGCGCGAGUGCUGGCACGCCAACUCGAACGUCCGGCUGCCGGCGCUCCGGAUAAAGAAGACGCUGCUGAAACUGGCCAGCUCGGACGAAACGGUCAAGCUCAACUACGACGGCGAGGUUGUCGUUUGAUGAUGAUGAUGAUGGAAUAUCACCCCCCACAAGAGAAGAGAAUCAUUGCAAGAGGAGAAAUAUCACAACUUUGAGUUUCUGUUUUUGGUCGCGUCGAGGGUGAACGAUGAUGAUGAUUGAUUGUGUGGAUGUGGGAGGAGUGAACGAGUCUCGAGAGAAUGGCCGUCCGAGUCGGAAUACGGUUCCAGUGACGAAUAUCUGUGUACAUAUUUAACUCACACACUAACACACACCCUGACACAUUUGGUAGAGCUAGAGGAGAAUCGUCCGCAGCGGGACGAUUCCAUAUUUUGAACAACACUUUUGUUACGGUUAAGGAUACGAUAAUUUUAAACAUUUUAUUUUAAAAAAUAACGCAUGAAAAUUUUUAGCAGAAUUUUCGGCAACUUUCUCCGAUGAUAGGUUUGUACAGUUACUCUUAAAAUUCAAACAUUUAAUUGCAUGAUUUUAUUUAAAUAAAUGUAGUUAAUUCGAUGCAAGCAAACAAAAGAUCAGAACAAAUUCAGUAUUAUUAACUGAAUGUUAUAAUUAUAAUUAAUACAAAAAAAAAACGAUUUCAAACUACAUUAUUUACACUAAACAAAAACUCACUGAAACACUAAAGAAGAAGCAAAUUGGCAAACUCAAAACAAAACAAAAAACUAGGAAAAAAAUUGUGAUGGCACAGUUGCUUUCUAAAGUGACCUAAAAAUGUGGAAAAAAGCGACGUUUUCCAUUUGCCUUAUUUUCCAUGAUUUCGUUGAAGAAAAAAAAACAGAAACGAAAAUUUAAAACAAAAGUGCCAUUUAUUUUACGAUUUCACGUGCAUUAACAUUUUAUUAAACCGUGUAAAUAGUUGAAUUAGCAACGUUAGAUAAAUGUGUCCUUCCGGUAGACCCCCCCCCCCCCCUCUCCUCCCUCCUCAGAUUUCUCUUUGUUUCAAACCUUGCUGUACGGAUUGUGCGUGCGUGUUUCCAUACUAAACUGCGUAGUUUGAACAGACAACGGAAAGCAAGUACACAUUCGCUGAGGUGAAUAGAGUUUAGCGUGUAGUGUUAGCAGCGGUAUAUAAUUCAUAAAUAUUUAUAUGGCAAUCGUUUUCGAUUAAUUGAAGAAACAAAAAAAAAACAAGUGAAGUUAGUUAAAUGAGAUAACAUUGUGUAAUUAUAAGUUUUUCCUUUUUUUAUAUUUUGAGCAAUAAAUAAUAGACGUAUAUUUAGUUUUUAAA